AUGGCGAGUUACAUUAAUUCUCAAAAAGUUUUAGGAGACAUAAUCAAUAGAGAAAGCAUGGACUCAAAUAAUAAUGAAACGUCAAAGAAAAGAAAGUCAGAAGUACCAGAUGAAGACUCUGACACUUUAUCUG